AUGGCCCCUUCUACUACACCUUCAUGGGUGGUGAAUGAUCUAUCAAUGGUCCUUGGUCUAGAUGACGAGACUAUCAAACAGAUGAUUAUACCCGAUUUGGAAUCAUACACACAUGAAGCUAGAUUGAGAGUACAUCUUCAGGACUUUUUGGGACCUUCGAACGAAGCUAAAUCAUUCACUACAAGAUAUAUAUCAUUCCGGUUCCCUUCGCUCACUUCGCUCACUUCUACUUCUGUCUCAUCCAUACCCUCUCAAUCAAUACCAUCGAACUCUUUACUCAAGCCCAUACCCACUACCACCUCUCAGAUACAGGCCAAGGGUAAACCCUCUGGAAAGGCGUCAGCGUCAAAAUCAUCUAGUCCUUUAUCACUUUCAAGACCGACUUCAAAUGCUGGAUCGUCUAGAUUACCCCCUUCUUCGCAGACCCCUACGCAUACUCAGAACCAGACUCAGAAUAUUCCAGAAGCUUUAGAGGCUGCUUUUGGACCUGGAGGUAAAGUGUAUCAAAAGAAAAGGGAAUCAGAUCUAUUAGAUUCAGGCUGGGGUAAACCUUCAUCGUCUUCUUCUCACGGUCAUAGUCAUGGUCAUGGGAUAUCAAGAACUGGAUCCGGCCUUGGAUCUGGAUCGAAUUCCGCUGCUCCCAGUGGAACUACCACUCCAUCAGGAAUCAAUACACAUGGACAUGGACAAACACCAGUUCAAAGAGUAAGACACGCUGGAGCCGUAAAUAUACAAACAUAUAAACCUAAACCAAGGUUAGAUACACCUCCAAUCGGAACUACUACAAUAGACAGUAGGAGUAAUAGCUCAAAAGGCAAGAAUAGAUCAUCAGCAGAGAAAAUUUGGGAUACACCAAAAUCAAAACAAGUGAAAAAGCUGGAAAACGUGAAAGAGAAAUUAAGAAUACUUAAAGAAGGUGAAGGAAAGAUUCAUCAAGAUGAUAAUACUUUGAAAUGUUUUUGUCAAGCUCGAGUACACCCUCUAUCAACUUACACACCCCUUUGUCAAUCUUGUGGACUGGUGAUCUGUUCGCUGCAGUUACCUUACCUACCUUGUCCGUCGUGUUCCAACCCUUUAUCGACACCUGCUCAAUUGGCUCGUUUGAUCCUUCGAAUAGAAGGUGAGAUCGAAUCUCAGUUGGCUAAAGAAGAAAGGGAGAGAGAGCAAAUCGAACGAGAUAGAUUGGCAAGAUUAGCCGCUGAUGCUGGAGGAGGUUCAUUCCCGACUUUACCAGGAUCUAAUACUUCUCAACAGCAAAUCACGACUUCGGUUGGAGGAAGAAAAGUAUUAACUAUAGCAUCAUCUAAAAACACACAUGGGAAAGGUGGAAAAGGUAAAAGUAAAAUUACAAGUACGACUUAUUUCCCUCAGUCAUCUAGUUCUACAACAUCUUCAAGACCAAUAACACCUCCACCUGAGACAAUACCUAGAUUAAGAAUGAAUCCCUUAGAUAUUCAAAAAAUCGAAAAAGAGUUGAAGAAAUUAUUGAAUCUCAGAGAUGAAUCGGAUAGAUCAUGGGCUGAUUUAAAACCGGAUAAACGAAAUGAUGGUUUGCAAUUGGAAUAUAAAGAAUUACCGGUCGUACAUAUCAAUCCGGAGAAUACGAUGGGCAGAAGGAAAAAAGGUAAAGCAAGGAAAUUAGGUGAAGGUGGUAGAGAAGUUCCUGGAGCAGGAGCUUGA